UGCAGAAUGGGAUGCAUGAGACGCUACUAACUCUUUGGCGGUUGUAUGGUUGUUAAGCUCUAUGUCUCCAGUCAUAGCUGGGUUUGUGGAUACUAUCACAAGUGCAACUGAGGUAUAGCAGAGUCUAUCAAAAAUGUAUUCUGGAGCUGGUAAUGUGAUGUUAUUGGCUGAAACAGAGGACAUGAUUAGUGAUCUCAAACAGGGGGAGCUGUCUUUGAUAGAUUAUAUUGCAGAACUGAAGCGAUUGUGGGCUGAUGUGGAUCACUAUGAUCCUAUUGAGUUACCACAUGCUAAUUGUGUAGCUUGGGUAAAAAAGUGGUUAGAAAAAAGGAGAUUCCUUCAGUUCUUGAGAGGCCUAAACUCAGAAUUUGAGGGAAGACGUGCCACUAUAUUUCAUCAAACCACUCUCCUUAGUUUAGAGGAGGCCAUAGCUGCCAUGGCACAAGAGGAGUUGAGACUAAAGGUGAUGAGGGGAACUACCUCCCCUCCAUCGCGUCCUGUUUUUGCAGCAACCAGAACUAUUGAGGCAAGAAAAUAUUUUAAUUGUGGUGAUACAGGACACUUGAUUCGUGAUUAUCCUAAAUCAUUUAGGCCCAACCGUGGAAGAGGAAGAGGCAGUAGCAAGGGUGCUUUGAGGGGUGGCGGAGGCCGUGGAGGUAAAGGUGGCUACAGAGCCAAUGUAGUUGGCAUAGAAGAGGAGCAUUUCAAAGCAGGUGAGACUUCAUCAGUUUUACCUGAAGAAUCAAAACAAUUGAGAGGAAAAGGUGGAAGCUCUGGAGAUCAGGAUCAAGAGGUUCACAGUGGUGAUUUCAUCAACUUUGCCUACGUGAAUGAAGGAGAGACGAACAGGGAGGCAUCUUGGGAGUGCAACCAGGCGUAGUGGGUUGUGGUACAUGGAUCGUGAAGGAACAAAUGAUGCACUGUGUAUAUCAUCAUCACAGGUGAUGAUGAAGUAGAGAUCAAACGCCUAAAGGGAAAUCUUAGUAAGGAGUUUGAGGACAAGGAUCUCGGUCUGCUCAAGUACUUCCUUAGUAUUGAGAUUGCUCGAUCUUCGAAAGGUAUAGUUCUCUCACAGAGGAAGUAUGUCCUAGAUUUACUUAGUGAGACAGGCAUGCUUGGGUGUCAGCCUACAUCGACACCUAUUGAUUCAAAAUAUAAGAGAAGUGUUGAAUCAGGUGAUCUAGUGAACAAGGAGAGCUAUCAAAGGCUUGCUGGAAGGCUCAUCUAUUUGUGUCAUACAAGGCCUGACAUUUCUUAUGCCGUGAGCGUUAUGAGCAGGUAUAUGCAUGAUCCCAGGAGUGGACAUUUGGAUGCAGUUUAUCGAAUCCUACGGUAUUUAAAGAGUAGUCCUGGAAAAGGGCUUUGCUUCAGGAGCCAUGGUCAUUUAAAUGUGAAUGGUUAUUGUGAUGCUGAUUGGGCAAGCUGCCUUGAUGAUAGGAGAUCAACUUCAGGCUAUUGCGUUUUUGUUGGAGGGAAUUUGGUGUCUUGGAGGAGCAAGAAGCAAUCAAUUGUAUCUCAUUCAACUGCUGAAGCAGAAUAUAGAGCUUUGUCUCUAGUGGUGAGUGAAAUGUUAUGGGUAAGAAAUCUCUUAUUAAAGUUGAAUAUGCUAAGGGAGAGACCUUCGAGAGUUUGGUGUGAUAACAAAACAGCUAUCAACAUUGCUAACAAUCCAGUUCAGCACGAUAGAACAAAGCAUGUGGAGAUCGGCUGGUUCUUUAUUAAGGAGAAAUUAGAUGAUGGUAAAAUGGAGUUAAGUUAUGUAAAUUCAGGUGGUCAAAUAGCAGACUGUUUAACUAAAGAUUUAGGAGUAAAAGAAUGUAAUGUAGCAUGUAGCAAGAUGGGAAUGAUAGAUAUCUAUCACCCAUCUUGAGAGGGAGUGUUAGGUUGUGUUUUGUGUGUGUAAAAGGGCCCAAGAGCCCAUAUAACAAGAGAAUAUAUAUAGCCAUAUCCGGAACGAA